AUGAUGGGAGAUAACUCUUGGACGACAGUCAGUCACCGCAAUAGGAACGUGAACGUGCAUGGUAAUUGUAGGGAUCAUCAUAGCAGCCAAGAACCAAGAACUACUCACGUAAGGUCAGAUAUAAUCUCCCUCUUUGUCACUAAUUUUCCAGAUUUUGUUCAAGCCGAAGACAUUCAGAGAGUAUGUGGUCGAGCUUGUAGUCGCUUGGGUAAGAUAAUUGGUGUGUUUAUCGCUAAAAAACUAUCAAAAUUAGGGAAACGAUUUGGUUUUAUUAGGUUUUCAGGUGAUUGUAAUUGUGACUCUCUGUUAAAACAGCUUCAUGAAGUUUGGUUUGGAUCAUAUAAACUGUUUGCCUCCCUCCCUCGUUCACUGGGAAAUAAUAAUCGUACCCCCCGGACUGUUGGCCUCUCCACAGCAGUUCAUCGUAAUGUGAAUGUAAAAUGCUAUGUGAAUGUCGUCCGAGGCCUUCCUAAUAAUAUGAGAAACAUCACUAAUAUGGAGUAG